CUUAAAUCUGAAUGGAAGGUACUCACAAAAUUUGUGGCGUGAAAAUAAUAACAAUCCCACCUAGCUGCAGCAUAAAAUAGGUUUCGUGGGAUUAAAGAGUGCCACACUCAAUUAUUACGCAUACGCCGCGUGUGACGGCAGUCGAGUCUGCUAAUUAGCUCGGAAAUUUCUGCAAAAUGGCGGCCAUACAGACAGGUGGACGCCCCCGGGAACGGCUGCUCUACGCCUUCCGGGGUUGGAUUGCCUUUGUGGCCUUCAUGGACCUGGGCACGGCAUUCCGGAGCUAUAUUGAGCGGCGCAGCUUCCUGGGCGACCACAGCGACACCCAGUUUAUAGAAGGUGACUACACCAUAUCCCGCAUUAUCGGCAUGUACUGCCUCCUCAAAGCCAUCGCCCUCGUCCACUGCACCCUCUACAUCCACUACAGACCGGUUGUGAGCAUGGGAGGGUGCUCCCUGGCUUUAACCAUGGUCUUUUAUGCCACCGAAGCCCUCUAUUUUCGCUCCAGCACCAUCAACUUUUACGUGAUCUUCCCAUGUGUACUGAACUCUAUCACCCUCCUGGGUUUGAUUUACAUACCCAAACGACUGCGGCUCUGGGAGCCAAAUAUGGAUCUCGAUGAUGAAAACUCGCAGCUCUUGAAGCAAAUGACUGGCUUCAAAAGGCGGCGUGCGAAAAAACAAUAAUUUAAUGUCUAAAAUGGACAGCCUGACGAGAUGGAGGAGCUCAGUAUUGCCGAGACAACUUAAAGUCUCACAUUGGACUGAAUUGGUGUGAUAGAAGUGACAUCAAGUUCAUCAUUAAUUUAAUAGCAAUACUGCAAACAACGCCAAAUUAGUGAUUUUCUAUACGAAUUAGAUACGAACGAGGCAAUGAAAUGAUAGUCAGUCUCUUGAUAAGUCAAUUCCCGGCAUAAUCACUUCAAGACAUAUGUUGAACUUCCUUUUUAUGAAAAUAUAUCCAUAGAGUUUUACGGCACAAUAGAGUUAUUGCACUUUUAAAAGUUGAAAAUCGAUAUUAGGAAUCAUUCGAAAUUAUCAGAAUUAGCACCCGAGUUAAACAAUUAAAAUGAAAAGGCUUUAACUUUACAAAUUAAGUUUAUAAUCAUCAUAGUGUUACGUUGGAUAUUUCCAUUUAAUAUUGACAAUUUUUGGAACAUGCUUCCGCUCUUAAAAUUAAGCGACCACCUAGUUACACAUUUUAUACUCAUCACAUAUGAAUACCAUUUAUAAAAAUAUAGGAACAAUAAUAGUUUUAUACGCAUUACGUAGAAUAUGUUUGAAUAAAAAUUUGAAUAAUCGCAAU